GAAAGAAAUCUGCCGAAUUUGUCUGGAAAAGUCCGGAGACAUGGUCAAUAUAUUUGACGGCACGAUAGAAUUGGGCAUUCUAAUUGCUGAUAUGAUAUCCCAGUUUACCGGAUUUGAUGUUUCUAGAGGAGAUUCCUUUUCAGAAACCAUUUGCCCGCCUUGCCUUCAGGAUGCUCAAAUCGCAUUUCAGAUUAAACAGAGAUAUGAGAGGAACCAACCGAUCUAUUUGCAGUUCAAGGAGCAAAUACUAAAUGAAGAGGAAUUUAUAAUUCCAGUCUUUCAAAUCACCGGCUCCAUUUGUGGCGAGGAAGUCCCAGAGUUUAACUGCCAAAUAAAGCGAGAAGAAAUGGAUGAUAAUAUUCAGGAGGAAGAGGAAUUUCAAGAUGAACUUCCAGUGAUGAACGAGCCAAUUGAUGACAGUGUAUCCGAAGAAGAGUUCUGCCAAAUUGCAAGCAUUAAGAAAAAAAAAUAUAGAACACAUUAUGGUAGAGCCACAUCUAUAUUGAAAUCAGCCGAAAACCAAAUAAUUGACAUAUUGCAAGAAAACGAAGUUCUCAGAGUUAAGCUUAAUAAGCUUUCUAUGGAGUUUAAAGAGCUUGCCGACUGUAACCGUCGAAAAACGCACAAUCCGACAUUGAAAAAGAAGGAUGCGGCCAAGGUAAUGAGUUUUCCCAUUCGAUCUCAAGAGGAAUUGGACCAGUUUGAGAAACAGUUUCAUCCAAAUCUUAUGGACUAUUAUGUGAAUAGGGUUAAAGUCCUCCUGACCAAUGGUCCAAUGUCAAGAAAUUUACAGUAUGUUCUGGAUGAGGACCUCCUAACCAAAUAUAAUUUAAACGGAUCGUCUGGUAAACUGGCACUCGAUUCCUACAGGUGUUUUUUUGGCGUCUUGGAAGCUGCGACAAAAAUUAUCCAUCCAAACGAGCCCGAUGCCAAAAAAGUGAUUCGAAAGGCUAUAGUAAAUAUUAAAAACAAAAUAGUUAAAAGAAAUUCGAGAUCUAGAAAAGAAAUGCUAGAAGCGUUAAAGAACAAUCAUGAUAAUGUAUAA